AUGGUCGACAGCAUUUUUAGAACAUUCGUCACGCUGCUGUACUGCUGCUGGGCCCGAUUGCGGCAAAGUAUAACGACCAAAUUCGCCACCAUCAUGGACUUUAAACAGAACGGAUCACCGUCACAGCAAUCAUCAUCCGGCGGCCAACCACCGGUCGGUGGGUUGUUGUACGGUUCCGAUGCCCGCCACUCCGCCGCGGCCGUCCGCUUGCAAUCGCUGAAGCAGCAAGCAGCACACCACCAGCAAAUCAGCAGCACCACCAGCAGCAGCGGAACCAGCGGUCAACACACGGUUUCUAAUCCGAGCAGCACCUCGGGGCCUCCGUUGCGUCGAAGAUGUCGCAGUGAAAGUCUUCCAAUGGCACCCCUUCUUUACGGUGCCAUCGACCAGCAGCAGCAGCAGCAGGGUAGCAAGGCCAAGAGCAAGCUUCUGUCUGGCCACCAUCAUCCGCAUCACCCGCAUCAGCAAAGGCAAAAGUUUGGCCCUACGAUCGCGAUGCACGAUCAUCCCGCUUCCGGGGCCAGCGGGGGGGGCCUAUUCAUCGAAUCGUUUUCACUCUCGCAGCAGCACGCCAAUCAGUCGAACAGCGUCAGCAGCACCACCACCUCGGCCAGCGCGGCGGCCAACCGGAAGGUGCCACUUUCUCUGCCAACGCACGAUCUGCUGCCGGCGAUCAGUGUAACGCCCGGUGUUUCCGGUCUGCCGGCGAAGGAGAAUGUGGUACAAAAUGGCUCGGCGGCCGUCAACGCGAAGGAUGUGUUCAUGAGCGAGCUCGAUGGCUUCCGGAAGGAUCGGCGCUCGGGCGGGUACUACGUACCGAACGAGUGGCAGCUCGAGUCGCGGUUUGCGCGCAAUCUCGAGACACACUUUAGCACACGCACCAGCAUCCUGGAACGGAGCGGCGGUAGCCGAAAGUUGCGCGCCCGGAGCGAAUCGGAACCGCAGGAACUCAUUUACCACAGUGCCCACAGCCACAGUGCUGCCAACAGCCUUCUGACCGGCCUGCGGACUAUGCCCGGUCGGUACAGCCGUGAUAAUACACUCAAGCGGACCCGUGAUACAAUCUCUCCGACGCUGGAGACCGAUGAGUCGCUUGCGAUGGUCACGAGCUCUCCACCAACGACACCGCAGUCAAUUACGUCCUUCGUGUCCGCGCAAAAGGAUUCUCCACCGUCGAAGAUGGCCAACGCCGCGGGUGAAGAGAUGGAAGUUGGUCACGCCCAGCAGCAGCAGCGCCCGACGAAACCGACGAAAGCCUUAUCCGCUGUUGGUGGCCUGGUCAACGGUCGUUCCACGAAGGUGGUAACGGUCCGCGCGAAUCGUGUCGUCACGAAUCGGCUUAAACCAAAACUGGCCAGCACGCUGACCAGCACCGGUAUCGUCGGCAGCAGUCCAUCAUCGUCCUCGUCGUCGAUGCUGGGCAGUGAUGCGUCGCGCAAAUCCGCCUCCCCGCAGCCAACGCUGCGGACUUCGGCCAUUGCCGGUGCGGGGAAUGCUUCGCCGACACCUUCCGGUAUUUCGAUUGGCACGAGCGGCGGCGAAUCGGUACACACGCAAGAUCUGGAUGCCGACACGAUCGACCAGUCCGAUGCGGGCGAUGACGACGACGAUCUGGACGAUGAGUGUAACGGCGAGGAUGAUGACGAUCUGGACGACGAAAUUGCGAUCAUCGGCGACGAGGUGCUGGACGAUUCGCUCACCGAUUCGGAGGAUAACUAUCGGUCAUACCUGGCGGCCGCGUAUCAGAAACCAAAGUCACAAUCCGGUUCACCGUCACCUUCGUCGCUCGGCAAAGCGUCCUCACCGGUCGUUACGUCCAUCGGGAGCGUGUUCGGUGGACCCGCUCCGGAAGGUCCGCUCGCGCCCAGUCUCUUUCCGCACGUGCCGCCGUACCUCACGUUCGCCACACACGAGGAGAAGGGACCACCGAUGCCACCGUCCAUCCACAAGGUGCUGAAGUGGAAACUGACGCUCAUUACACCGAUCGUCGUGCGGAAGGUUCUCCUCAACAGUGGCUUCCGGUUGCUGAAAAAAACGAACGACUGGGUCGGUAUCUGGGGCAAACACAUGAAGAGCACGUGCUUCAAGACGCUGCGGCCGUACCAGAAGUUUAACCACCUCCCCGGGAGCUUUCAGAUUGGCCGCAAGGAUCGCGUCUGGCGCAACCUGCAAACGCAGAUGAACCGUCACGGCAAGAAAGAGUUUGGCUUCAUGCCGCGUACCUACAUUAUACCUCAGGAUUUGAAAAUGUUGCGCCAGCUUUGGCCACGCUACAACCAGCGCAACUGCAAGUGGAUCAUCAAACCACCGGCAUCGGCCCGGGGUACCGGCAUCAAGGUGGUCAAUCGGUGGUCCCAGAUCCCCAAGCGGAAACCGUUGAUCGUCCAGCGCUACAUCGAGCGUCCGCUGCUCAUCAACGGCAGUAAGUUCGAUCUGCGCCUGUACGUGCUGGUGACGUCGAUGAACCCGCUCCGGGUGUACAUGCACACCGACGGACUGGCCCGGUUCGCGUCGGUCAAGUACAGUGAAAAGUCGGAAACGCUCAGCGAUCGGUACAUGCAUUUAACGAACUACAGUAUUAACAAACUGUCGACCAACUACAGCCAAAACGAGGACGCGGACGCGUGCCAGGGUCACAAGUGGACGAUCAAGUCGCUGUGGUCGUACUUCGUCGAGCAGGGUGUCAACGUCGAUCGGCUGUGGAGCGCGCUGCGCAAUCUCGUUCUGCGCACGGUACUGUCGGGCGAGGGGCCGAUCCACGCGAUGUCGAAGGUGAACGUCGGCAGCCGGUACAACUGCUACGAACUGUUUGGCAUCGAUGUGCUGCUCGAUUCCGAGCUCGUCCCGUGGCUGCUCGAAGUCAACAUUUCGCCCUCGCUGCAUUCGGCCUCCUCGCUGGAUCUGCGCGUUAAGGGACCGCUCGUGAAGGCGCUCCUCAACACCGUCAUGUAUCAGAUUCCACCCAGAAUACCGAUGGCUGAGCAGAAAGAGAUUCUACAAGAACAAGGACUCGAGGGACCGCUGUGCUUCGACAAGCGCAUCUACACAACGAGCCUGUCGAAGGCCGAAAGACUGAAACAUAAUCAAUUUAUUCAGAAGGAUAUGUCCCGUGAAGACUACAUCAACGCGAUACUGGACGAGCUAACACCGGACGAUGUGCGGUGUUUGCUGCUGACCGAGGACGAACUGUCGCGCAGUGCGCCACUCGAAAGGAUUCUACCGGCCCCGAACAGCCACCGAUACAUUGGAUAUACCGAGCAUCCGCGGUACUACAAUCGGUUGCUGGACGCCUGGGAGCACCGGUACAGUCACAAUCGGGCCGACGGAAUCGCACUGCUGCAGACGCUGUGCGAAAAGAAGGUACAUCUCCAGGUGCCACCCAGCACGCUAAAGAAGGAUUGCAACAAUGAGCAACAGCAGAUGGACGGUAUGGGCAGCGAGAAUGGCUCCCAGGACAGCGGUAUCCACACCGACCAAACUAGCUCCUCGGAGCUACCGUCGCAGGAGUCGUCGUCCGUCUACCAGUCACAGGAAUCGAUCGACCAGCUUCCCGAGGACACUCCACGGCGCCAAGUGAUGGCCCCUCAAGCCGUCACCGAACCGGGCGACGUUACACUCACGUCACAGCCCAUAGUAAUCCGUGCCAUUUACCCGCCCGGCAGUGACAAUCUGCUGAGCACGCAAACGAUCGAGAUCCCGGUGGCGAUCCCAGCCGCGGCCCGCGGCGGUGAUACGCUGCCCUCCUCGGACGCACCGAAGACCGGCGGCGGUGAUGAUGUUGAUCGGAGCGACGGUCUUCGAUUAGGUGACAGAAUUAAGCUCAUCCUUGACGAUGCGCUCCUGCUCAAGCAACAAGAGUGCGGAGCUGGCGACACGGAGAACACCAUUAUCGUGCAGGAUUAAUGGGGAACUCGCCCCGAGACUGGGGCGGGUUGUAUACUAGAUAAUAGAUAGCGUUACGUUGGGAAACGAACCUCCUGGGUUGUUGGGUUGAUUCAGGGAUCGUCUGUAGAAAUAGCGGAGCCUCCCGGUUUCUGCGUACGUAGAAACGGGAGGCCAAACAAGCGUACGGAAUUGCUCUUUUUAUAUCUUCUUUUUUCUCUUUUUUCUCUAUCGACUCUUACAAUAUUCUUUUUUCUCAAUCGCUUUACAACAACGUGUCUUUUGUGUGUUCUUGACCUUCAUUUUUCUACUUAAGUUAGUUACGUUCUUAUUUGAAUUGCGUUCCGAGCCGGAAUCGAGUACUUGAUUCUGUCUCUCG